AUCCGACAAUAAAUUCACAGAAGAAGAACGGGCCUAGUUUCGUUCCUUAGCACAACUUAAAAAUAUAACUAAACACUAGCGGGGUGUUUGAAAUAAUUUCUAAAACGUUAUAACAUUAUUAAUACGGACUCACCAACAUGGGAGGUGGUGAUCUUAACCUGAAAAAGAGUUGGCAUCCACAAACUCUGAAAAACAUCGAGCGUGUAUGGAAAGCAGAGCAGAAACAUGAAGCAGAGAGAAAGAAGAUCGAGGAGCUGCAGAAGGAGCUUAAAGAGGAGCGAGCCCGAGAAGAGAUUACCAGAUAUGCUCAAGAGACUGGCGCUGUGAAGAAGAAAGAUGACCGUUUGGACUGGAUGUACCAGGGCCCAGCAGGACAGAUCUCUCGGGAGGAAUACCUUCUUGGUCGGCCCAUUGACAAGCAGAUCACACAGCAGUAUGAGGAACCUGAGAGUGGUCCAUCAGCUGAGACAGGCCUCCUGCCUGGUUCUAUAUUUAACCCUACAAGUUCUGUUUCUACUAAUGAUAUGGCUGCCAAGAUCAGAGAAGACCCUCUUUUUGAGAUUCGAAAACGUGAGGAGGAGAAGAAGAGAGGGGUUCUUACAAAUCCUGUCAAAAUGAAAGAAAUCCAAAAGAUGUUGCGUCACAAUCUUGAGAAGGAAAAAAAGAGGAAACAAAAAAAGAAGAGAAGAGAGGAGAAAGAGAUAAGGAAGGAGAAAAAGCACAGGAAUAGGAGUUCAAGCUCUGAUGAGGAUGACGCAAAAAACUGGUCAAAAAAGAAACGAUCAAGUGCCACAAGGUCUAGUAGACAUCACAGAUCAGGCUAUGGUCUUCAAUUACCAGCAAACAGAUCCCAUUACUCUUCAGUAUCUAACCACAAAGAUCGCAGUUCAAGAGACAAGAAGAGUCAAUCCCCGAUGUCUCAUAAAGCAGACAGAGAUGAUCACUCCUUUAGAAUGACAGAGCAGAGACCUAAAACAAAAGCCCCCAGCCCAUCAAGAACCAGAGACCGCUAUCAAAGACAAUACAGCAAGCACCUAUCAACUGAAGAGUUGGAAAAGAAGAGAAGGGAAAUGAUGGAUUUUGCCCGUGAAAGAGAAGUGGAGAGGCAAAAUAAUGUGCAGAGGUACAAGAGACAAGAAGAACAGGAGAAAGCCAGAGACGAUGCCAAACAGGACCGGCAUGCUGGCUUCAUACAUGACAUGAAAUUAGAAAGUGCUGCCACCACCUCUUUGGAAGACCGUGUAAAGAGAAACAUUCACUCUAUUCAGAGGACCCCUGCUGCUCUGGAGAAGAACUUUAUGAGAAGAUGAGAACAUGGAAACUUUUACAGCUGUCUUUUAUGUUACAAUUUUUAAGAUUUGUAAUUUUUAAAUAACAUCAUGAUGACAGAUCAUGGUUGUAAAUAAAAUGAUUAAAUUAC